UUCAAAUUGCGCCGUACACUUUUCUAUAUCCUUUAACGCUUUCUUCGUCAUUUACAAUAAUUAUAAUAAAUGAAAAUAACAAUCAUCAUUUAUUUACGAUGGUAAAUCCGAGCGACGAAGCCUCCGAAGGACAAAAUGUGAAGGAAGACGAAAAGGAGAAGACGUCAGAUACGAUUGAUGCUGUUGAGGAAGAAGAGGAUGUGGAGGCUUUAACUCAUGCUGAAGUUAUGGAUUUAUUUGAGGAAGGACUCGCCCGCCUCGUACAAGAUCCUUUACUCUGCGAUCUUCCCAUUCAGGUGACGUUGGAGGAAAUCAAUUCCCAGAUUGCACUAGAGUACGGCCAAGCAAUGACUGUGAAAGUUUUAAAAGCCGACGGAGAAAUAAUGCCCAUCGUAGUGGUGCAAGACGCCAACGUGCUGGACCUGAAAAAAGCCAUCCGCAGGUUCGUGACACUCAAGCAGCAACGUGAAGCUGGCGUGAGGCACAUCAGCUGGAGAUACAUUUGGAGGAAUUACACUCUAAUGUUUCAAGGGGAGAAGUUAGAAGAUGAUCGCAUGAGGCUGAAAGACUACGGAAUCAGGAACAGAGACGAGGUGACGUUCAUCAAGAGGCUCAGGAGGAAGUGAACACUUUUUUCUUUUAACGUGUCAGAUUUUUUUUUUUUUUCAGAGUUUAUAUUUAUUUGUCAU